AUGCUGGUGCUGCUGCUGGAGGUGGUGGUGGUGGUGGUGCUGCUGCUGCUGCUGCGUCGCAUUGUGAUUCGCAUUCUGCUGCUGCUGCGGUUGCGCCCAUGUCCCGCGCGUCGACUGACUGUAUCGCGCAUCUGCCCCCCUGACCGCCUGCCGCAUUGGGCCGUGCUGCGCGCGAUUGGCUGGCUGCACGGGCCCGCACCCCUUCACCUCGAUACUACACCUACCAGCGACCAUGUGCAUAUGCCAUCACCAUCGUCUUUAUUGUUGAUUGACUGCAUGCCUGCUAGCACACCCAGUUCCUUUGCCCUCACUCUUGCGUCCCUGUCGUCCGGCUGUCCCCACGACAGUCACAGACGUUAUGACUGCACGCCCUCUGCUAUCGCACCUGCUGCACGUCUGACGACAAUUUCCGUGUCGUGUGCCCGGCACGCAGUGUUUGACGCCCACGGCGUUUCGUGUGCGCUUUUGAUCCUGACCACAGCGGCCAAGACGCUGCCCGUGAAACGCCGUGUGGCUCAGGAAGCCGCCUGCUAUGCCUUUGCCCUGGUCCACUGCAUGUAG